AUGAUUAUGCUUACGUGGAUCCAAGCGCGCUACACUCCAUUCUCCCCAUCGAACACCGAAGAGUUCAGCUCUGCAUCUCGAUCUGUCAAAUCAGGUCUCAUUGCUAGCGGUAUCGUCUCCGCCUGGACAUGGGCUGCAACUCUACUUCAGUCUAGUGCAGUGGCGUACAAGUAUGGUAUCUCUGGACCGUAUUGGUACGGUUCAGGAGCAACGAUCCAAGUCCUCCUGUUCGCUAUGCUCUCUGCCAAGCUCAAAUCCAACGCUCCUCGCGCACACACCUGGCUUGAGGUCGUUAAUGCACGAUGGGGAGCAGUCGCACACCAAGUUUUCAUGUUCUUUGGUCUCGCCACGAACGUGAUCGUCAGUGCUAUGUUAUGCCUAGGCGGGAGCGCGACUGUUACAAGCUUGACUGGAAUGGACACUAUUGCCGCGUGCUUCUUGAUUCCUAUUGGCGUAACUAUCUACGUGGUGGUAGGAGGUAUGCGUGCCACGCUUCUCUGUGACUACACUCACACAACUGUUCUAUUCGCCAUCAUUCUUACUUUCGUCUUUACUGUCUACGCUACGAGCGAAAAGAUCGGUAGCUUCAGGAAGAUGCAUGAACUAUUGACUGCUGUUUCCGGAAAUGCACACGGAAGCUAUUUGACUAUGCGCUCAAAGAACGGACUCAUCUUCGGCGUCAUCAAUGCAUACUAUCAGCGUGCGAUCGCUUCUAAGGGCACGACAACUGUCAGAGCCUUCUUGCUUGGCGGUCUCGCUUGGUUCUCUAUCCCGUUUACCUUCGCCACUACUUUAGGCCUCGCCGCCGUGUUGUCGCCUGCGGAUGUUGGCGCUGGGCUUCCUGCGCCGUCAGCGGCUGCUGCACUUCUUGGAAAGAGUGGAGCUGCCAUCAUGCUUGUUCUUCUUUUUUUAGCCGUGACCAGCGCAACGAGUGCGGAACUCAUUGCUGUCAGUUCGAUCUUGACUUACGACGUAUACAAGAGGUACUUUAAUCCCCAAGCUACGGAAGCCCAAAUCCUGAUGGUAUCUCGGAUUGGUAUUUUUGCGUUUGGUCUAUUCAUAGGCCUGUCUGGUGUGAUAUUCAAAGAAAUUGGAGUAAAUCUCGGUUGGCUUUAUAUGGGUACUCUUCUCGGAUCUGCUGUCGUUCCUAUUGCACUCUGCAUCACUUGGAAGAAAGCAAAUAAAAUGGGAUGCAUCAUAGGAUCUUGUCUUGGUCUCGUUUUUGGUAUUAUGGCUUGGCUUAUCGCGACUAGCAAACUCAAUGAUGGAAAAAUUAAUGUUACGACUACGGGUGGCGACUACGAGAUGUUGACGGGGAACCUCGUUGCGAUUGCGAUUGGAGGCAUCAUUGCAGUUGCGGCAUCAGUCAUAUGGCCGGAGGACUUCGACUUCAACAGACCUGGGAGGGCGAUAUCCCAGCUACUUCCAUUCCAAACAGGGGAAAAGCAUGGGAAAGAUGAUGAAGAAAAACCCUCACAUGGGGAAAGCAUCGGCCAGGGUCGUAGCCCUGAUGUGAACUUAAUGCCAGAGGGGUUGGACCUGGUUGAGCUGAAAAAGGCAUUCAAUUUUGCAGCGACAUGCUCAAUUAUCCUAACUGCUAUAUCUAUUAUUAUCGUCCCUCUUCCGCUGUUCUUCUCAUCCGUGAUUUUUGGUGUUCGCGGGUACUCUGCGUGGGUGACUAUUGGUAUUAUCUGGGUCUUUAGUGCCAUCGCCGUGGUCGUGUUUUUACCACUGUACGAGAGUCGUGAAGCGCUCAUCGCAAUGGGCAAAGGGAUUAUCAAGGACAUCUACAACCCUGGUAGCGGCAAGUUCAUCCACCAUCCUCAUCCUCAAGGACCGCCUGCAAGCACGAAUGCCUGA